UUUUGUUGGCAUAAAACGCGCUCAAGUCCGAAUUUGUGCAGGUCAUGGAGGUUGACCAACUGUCCCUGGCCGAUGUGGUCUUUGUCAUUGAGGGCAGCGCCAUCAACGGUGCGUACAUCAACGAGCUGAAGACGAACUACAUUCUGCCCACUCUGGAGCACUUCACCACGGGCUCCAUUGACGAGCGGGAGUAUCUGAUUGCCGACCGAUUUGCCACUCUCUAUGGCAUUGUCGUAUACCGCACGGCCUCCAAUCUGCUGGAGCCGGUGUGUGCCACCUACGGACCCUUCCUGCAGCCCCAGAAGGUGAUGGAGACGAUCGAGCGUCUGCCGCUAGUUGGGGGCGGCAUGGAGUCGUGUGCUCACAUGGCCGAGGGCUUUGCUGCCGCCCAUGGUUGCUUCGAGGACAUCAGCGAGCGCCGCCAGAUGCUGGACCAGACCAAUGUCCAGCGUCACUGUAUACUCAUCUGCAAUAGUCCGCCGUAUCAGAUGCCAGUGACGGAGUCGUGGAAAUAUCUAGGCAAAUCGUGCGAGCAAUUGGCCGGCCUAUUCAACGAGCGCAAGAUCAAUCUGUCGAUCAUUGCUCCGCGCAAAAUGCCGAUCCUUUUCAAGCUGUUCAUGAAGGCGGACGGGGAUCAGCCGAUUACCAGCAAGAACUAUGCCAAAAACAUUCGUCACUUGGUUCUGCUGAAAGGAUAUAGCCUGAAGGAGCGUGCCGCCAGUCCCAAUAGCAUGGCUGCUCAAAUGGCAGCCCCGAGCACAGCUCAGGCUGCUGUCCAACAGCAGCAACAACAGCAGAACCCAGGGGGUCAGCAGCAGGCGGGUUCGGGUAUGCCAAUGGACACCACAUCAGCACAACAACAACAGCAGCAGCAACAACAACAGGGAGGUCCGCCCCAGCAGCAACAACAGGUGAUGAACAUGAACCCCAUGCAUCAGCAGCAACAGCAACAGCAGCCGGGUCCCAAUCCCCAGGCGGGUCUACUGAAUCCCCAACAGCAGCAGCAACUGAUGCAACAGCAGCAGCAGAACCAAUUCGUGCCCCAAAACCAGAUGCAGAAUCCAAACUUUCAGCAAAAUGUGGUUCCUGGGCAGAAUCGUUGGAUGUAUCCUAAUCAGCAGGGACAGGCACGUCCGCCAUUCAUGCAACAGGGUGCCGCAGGGGGUGGCGGCAACAUGCAACAGCAGCUACAGCAGCAGCAGCAACAGAAUGCCAAUUCUGCGCUUAUCUCCAGGAUAAAUGCACCGCCAAAUCAGACGGUGAACUCGCUUCAGCAACAACAGCAGCAACAGAGAUUGCAGAUGCUCAAUCAGCAGCAAUUCAAUCAGCAGCUCCAACAGCAAUUGGUACAACAGCAGCAGCAGCAGGGACAACAGCAGCAGCAGCAACAAGGGAAUCCCAAUGCCAGCAACAUGAUGCCGGCGGUAUCCAAUGCGGGAAAUAUGCCCAAUCCACAGCAACAACAGGUGGCACAGCAGGUGGCCCAACAGAAUCCCCAACAACAGGCACAAGUUCAGGUCCAACAGCAACAGCAACAGCAACAAUCGAAUCCCCAACAGCAGCAGGAGCAGGCCUCCUUGAGAGAGAAAAUCUGGACAGGGCUCUUGGAGUGGUCGGAGAAGCCGAAAAACGAUCCACAAAAGAUACCCCACACGCUUCAGUGCACUGUUUGCACUAACAUCAAGGAUGGGGAGCCAGAGAUCAAGGCAGAGAACUGGCCACCGAAGCUACUGAUGCAGCUCAUGCCCAAGCAUUUGGUGGGCAAUAUUGGGGGCCAGUUUCUAAAGGAUUCCAAGAUGGUUGUCUUUCGGCCGUCACCCGGCGAGGCGCUUGAUUCGCUGGCUAAAAUGAUGACAUCCGGAUAUGCAGGUUGCGUGCAUUUCUCCUCCAUUCCCAAUGCCCCCGCCUGCGAGCUCAAGGUGCUGAUACUCCUCUACACACCGGAUCGCAAUGCGUUCUUGGGUUUCAUACCCAACAACCAGGCCAUGUUUGUGGAGCGCCUGCGGAAGGUCAUUCAACAGAAGCAGCAUGGCAACAUGCAGCAGCAACAGCAGCAGCAGAUGCUCCAGCAGCAGGGAAAAUCCCCCAUGGAGCUGCAACAGCAACAGCAGCAGCAGCAACAACAACAACAACAGCAGAUGCAGCAGCAGGACAACUCCCAACAACAGCAACAGCACUACAAUCAAUAUCAGCUAAAUAUGCAAAUGCAGGGCGGCGGAGGACCAGGUCCUGGAGGUGGCGGUGGACCCGGUCCUGGCGGCGUCGGCAUGCCCAUGCAACAAAAUCAAAUGCAAAUGAAUAUGAUGCAACAGCAGCAACAGCGAAUGCCCCUGGGUGUGGGUGUAGCCGGCGGCGUGCCUAAUCCGAGUCUGCAGCAACAACUGCAACAGCAGGUGGCCCCCAAUGUGGCGGCCAUGCAACAGCAGGCGGCCCAACAGCAGCGCAUGGUUCGGCCCAUGAUGAGCAAUAAUAAUCCCGGACUGCGGCAGCUUCUCCAACACCAGACGACGCCUGGCAAUCAAUUCCGUCCGCAAAUGGGCGGCGGCCAGAAUCCGAAUCAAAUGGGCGGCGCCGGCGGUCCCAUGGUGGGCAAUCGGAAUUUCGACGAUGGCAGCUACGAAUUCAUGUAGAACCUCUCUACCUUAUUUAUAUUGUGUUGUGUCCCACAUGUCAAAAAAGAUUAUCUUUUCAUCAAUGUUUAUUUUAAGCGUAUUGUCACAUUUAACAAAUCGUUCUUGAGAUUUUAA